GCAGGCUCCGCGGCGGCGGCUGCAACGGAGGCUGCGGGGGCGGCGCCGCGAGCGGCCGGGCUUGGGGGGGUAGCCGAGCCCGGCCCGGGAGCCCAAGCAGCUAAAGUGCGGGGUACCUAGGCCCUUCACGCUGGACUCCACAGUCUCCGGGCCGCCUGACCUCCGCACGGGUAUAUGGGAUGGAAGCGGGACCCUCGGGAGCAGCUGCAGGCACCUACCUGCCCCCCCUGCAGCAGGUGUUCCAGGCACCUCGCCGGCCUGGCAUUGGCACCGUGGGGAAACCAAUCAAGCUCCUGGCCAACUACUUUGAAGUGGACAUCCCUAAGAUUGACGUCUACCACUACGAGGUGGAUAUCAAGCCGGAUAAGUGUCCUCGCAGAGUCAACCGGGAAGUGGUGGAAUACAUGGUCCAGCAUUUCAAGCCUCAGAUCUUUGGUGAUCGCAAGCCCGUGUAUGAUGGAAAGAAGAACAUUUACACUGUCACAGCACUGCCCAUUGGCAAUGAACGGGUUGACUUCGAGGUGACAAUCCCUGGGGAAGGGAAGGAUCGAAUCUUCAAGGUCUCCAUCAAGUGGCUAGCCAUUGUGAGCUGGCGCAUGCUGCAUGAGGCCUUGGUUAGUGGCCAGAUCCCCGUUCCCCUGGAGUCUGUGCAAGCCCUGGAUGUGGCCAUGAGGCACCUGGCAUCCAUGAGGUACACCCCUGUGGGCCGCUCCUUCUUCUCACCGCCUGAGGGCUACUACCACCCGCUGGGGGGUGGGCGCGAGGUCUGGUUCGGCUUUCACCAGUCUGUGCGCCCUGCCAUGUGGAAGAUGAUGCUCAACAUUGAUGUCUCAGCCACUGCCUUCUACAAGGCGCAGCCAGUGAUUGAGUUCAUGUGUGAGGUGCUGGACAUCAGGAACAUAGAUGAGCAGCCCAAGCCCCUCACGGACUCUCAGCGUGUGCGCUUCACCAAGGAGAUCAAGGGCCUGAAGGUGGAAGUGACCCACUGUGGACAGAUGAAGAGGAAAUACCGCGUGUGUAAUGUUACCCGCCGCCCUGCCAGCCAUCAGACGUUUCCCUUGCAGCUGGAGAGUGGACAGACUGUGGAGUGCACAGUGGCACAGUAUUUCAAGCAGAAAUAUAACCUUCAGCUCAAGUAUCCCCACCUGCCCUGCCUGCAAGUUGGCCAGGAACAAAAGCAUACCUACCUGCCCCUAGAGGUCUGUAACAUUGUGGCUGGGCAGCGCUGCAUUAAGAAGCUGACUGACAACCAGACUUCAACCAUGAUAAAGGCUACAGCUAGAUCGGCCCCAGACAGACAAGAAGAGAUCAGCCGCCUGAUGAAGAAUGCCAGCUACAACCUAGAUCCCUACAUCCAGGAAUUUGGGAUCAAGGUGAAGGAUGACAUGACGGAGGUGACAGGGCGAGUGCUGCCGGCGCCCAUCUUGCAGUACGGCGGCCGGAACCGGGCCAUUGCAACACCCAAUCAGGGUGUCUGGGACAUGCGGGGGAAACAGUUCUACAAUGGGAUUGAGAUCAAAGUCUGGGCCAUUGCCUGCUUCGCACCCCAAAAACAGUGUCGAGAAGAAGUGCUCAAGAACUUCACAGACCAGCUGCGGAAGAUUUCCAAGGAUGCAGGGAUGCCCAUCCAGGGCCAGCCUUGCUUCUGCAAAUAUGCGCAGGGGGCAGACAGCGUGGAGCCCAUGUUCCGGCAUCUCAAGAACACCUACUCAGGGCUGCAGCUCAUUAUCGUCAUCCUGCCAGGGAAGACGCCAGUGUAUGCUGAAGUGAAACGUGUUGGAGAUACACUCUUGGGAAUGGCUACACAGUGUGUGCAAGUGAAGAAUGUGGUCAAGACCUCGCCUCAGACUCUGUCCAACCUUUGCCUGAAGAUCAAUGUCAAACUUGGUGGCAUUAACAACAUCCUAGUUCCACACCAACGCUCUGCUGUCUUUCAACAACCAGUGAUAUUCCUGGGAGCAGAUGUUACACACCCCCCAGCAGGGGAUGGGAAAAAACCUUCUAUCACAGCAGUGGUAGGCAGUAUGGAUGCCCACCCCAGCCGUUACUGUGCUACUGUGCGGGUGCAGCGACCACGACAGGAGAUCAUUGAAGACUUAUCCUACAUGGUACGUGAGCUGCUCAUCCAGUUCUACAAGUCCACCCGCUUCAAGCCUACCCGCAUCAUCUUCUACCGAGAUGGGGUUCCUGAAGGCCAGCUCCCCCAGAUCCUCCACUAUGAGCUGCUGGCCAUUCGUGAUGCCUGCAUCAAACUGGAAAAGGACUACCAGCCCGGGAUCACUUAUAUUGUGGUGCAGAAACGCCAUCACACCCGCCUUUUUUGUGCUGACAAGAAUGAGCGAAUUGGGAAGAGUGGUAACAUCCCAGCUGGGACCACUGUGGACACCAACAUCACCCACCCAUUUGAGUUUGACUUCUAUCUGUGCAGCCACGCAGGCAUCCAGGGCACCAGCCGACCAUCCCAUUACUAUGUCCUUUGGGAUGACAACCGUUUCACAGCGGAUGAGCUCCAGAUCUUGACGUACCAGCUGUGCCACACUUAUGUACGAUGCACACGCUCCGUCUCAAUUCCAGCACCUGCCUACUAUGCCCGCUUGGUGGCUUUCCGGGCACGAUACCACCUAGUGGACAAGGAGCAUGACAGUGGAGAGGGGAGCCACAUAUCGGGGCAGAGCAAUGGGCGGGACCCCCAGGCCCUGGCCAAAGCCGUGCAGGUUCACCAGGAUACUCUGCGCACCAUGUACUUCGCUUGAAGGCAGAACGCUGUUACCUCACUGGAUAGAAGAAAGCUUUCCAAGCCCCAAGAGCUGUGCCGCCCAAAUCCAGAGGAAGCAGGGAGGAGGGAGGUGGGGCAGGGAGGAAUGCAGAAGGCCUUGUUUCCUCUACAGAGGGGGCGAAAGGGUGGGGAACAGGGCCAGUAAGCCAGACCACCAGCCAGAAAUCUCUGAUAUUCACCUCAUGCCCUCCACCCCUCACCCCAUCUUGUCACAUCUGGCCCUGACUCCACUGGACCAAGAGAGGCAGCCCCGGUGCCCACCAUACACACAGAUGUCGCAUGUGACUCACAGUGCUAAAGACUCAUGCCUGACAGCUUGGUAAGGUCGGCUCUGCAGCCCUGCAGACAAAAGCUGGUAGGUUUGGGUUUGAUACUUUAGAUGGGAAAGUGAGGGGCUUGAGAAAGUGGGUGGGAGGAGGGAAGGAUUUUUUAGGAGCCUUAAUCAGAAAAGGUCUAGAUUUGUUUAAGAAGAAAAACGAAACCAGAUGCAGAUCAAUAUUUUAGGAUACUAGAUGUUUUAAUGGGUUGAGAAUCCAGCUUGUAGGAAGAUUUUUAAUGCUAAUGGUUUUGGUUGCCCCUCCCCCAGCUGCCACUCCUCUUUCCCUUAUUCCUCUUUCUCCACCUUUUCUACCCCACCUUACACCUUCUCCCUGACAGACAUCCAGCCCCUAGUAAGACUUAAGGCACUAUGGCACUUAGCUCUGAAGUGACACGACCCUGUCUUCCUUCCGCCUGCUGGUGGGUAACCAGUGCCUUCCCUGUAACGGUAAUGCUGCAGAACUGCAACCUUUUGUACCUAUUUUGGGGGGGGUGGGGGCGGGGUGGGGGAGGGAGAGGAGGUAGGUGGGGAUGAAAUACCCCUAACCCAACAAGCCUCCAGCCAGUGCACCAGCUAUUUUGCAUUUGAAGGAGUUGACUUCCAUAUUCAUUGAGCUUUUAAAAAGAUCGCCACCUCAAGGUAGUUAAAAUCCGUUGACAUUUGCACUUUCAGACCUGACAAGUCUCUCGGAGCUGCUGAGGUGACUGGCCUCUGGCCUUUCCACUUAUGUCUCCUUUCUUCCUGUCCCCGCUUCCUCCCCACCUGCCUGGGUCUGGAGUUACUUUCAUAGCAUUUCUCACUCUUGGCUUCUUUUUUUUCCCUGAUGGUCAAGUCCGUUUAUGUUUCAAUAUUUUUUAACUGGGGUGUCUUUUAACAAACGAUCCUUAGGUCUAAAAUAAGGAAAAAAAAAAAAAAGCAAAAACUAAAUGUUAUUUUUAUACCAUAACUUGAGUCUAUUGCCAAAAUCUGGAAAUCCCUCCCAUGCCCAAUGAGUUUACAUCCCAGAAACAUUGAGCCGUCAGAAGGAACUAUGUACCUGACUUGUUCUUUGGCCUGGCUCUGUAGGGGGUGGUUAUCUCCCCAAGGUGGGGCUCAGUCUCCACCCUUCCUCUGUGCAGAUAAUAUCUUUCUCUUGCUGCAGGCACCCCUUCUGCACUGCCCUGCACUCUUUUCUGCAAGUGCAUCUUCCCUUCCUCUGGACUGUCCUCUGACACUUUGGCUUAUCCCCGAUUUCAGCGUGUCCUGUGGAUAGGCUGGGGAAUUUUGCUGCUCCCUUUUGCUUCUGUUUACACAAAUGAAUUUUUCCUGAUUUCCCACUAGGGCAUGUGAGUGGGUGGCAUGGGCUUUUUUUUUUUUUUCCCCCCCUCUCUUCCUGGGUAGAGAUGGGGUUUGGCUGUGUUGCAGAACUGGAAAAGUAGGGGGUUCUAGCUUGGGGCCUCUUGGCCUUGAAGCAAGGCUUCCUCAUUCCUUGACUGUUCAUUUUUUCCUGUCCCACUGCUUGGGAUGAGGAAUUGCAGCUUCAGUGUGGAAAUUCCUCUUUUUGAGGAGCCUGGGCUUGGGCUUGCCCCAAUCUGGUGAUGAAGCCAUGACACUUUAGACCUAGCUCAGGCUUGGAGGCCAGCCAGAGGAAGGCCGGUCUGAAUAUGGGCGUAUGAAGUUAGAGCUACCAUUUCCCCUCCCCAGCAGCCUUUGUACAGACCCAGAUUUGCUAUGCAAAACAGUCUAUCCCAGUUUCUGUUCUGUUUGGCUACUUUGUUCAGCAACUUCACAAAACGUAGCACAAACAUUGAUUAUGGAGAAGGCAUCAGGACUGUUGAGUAACUCUUCCUUUACUUCUUUCCUGCUGGCUACAGUGUGGGGUGCCCCAUGGGCACAGCCCAGCUGAAGAACAGAAUGGAGGGCUCUGGGAGGAGGCAGCUCACUGGAGAGCCUACAUUCCUUACACAAGUGCCUAAAGAGAGUGAUGCCAACACUCCAUCUGCCCUGUCCAUCGCCUUCAUAUACUGUCUAUUUCGUGUUCAGUCACCCUUUGGGGAGGGGAGUUCGCUUGGGACAGUGGGCUCUGAGUGUUCUCUUCUCGGGUGUGUUUUGGGGCUGGGAUCAGGGCAGUACUCCUGGAGGGUCCAGUCAUUCACCAGCAUUUUGCAAAUGUCCGUUGAGAGCUGGUGGCAGCCACCUACUCUCAGCAACAAGUUUGUGUUUUCUCCUUUUUCUCUCUUUGCCUCGCUCUCUCCAGUUGGGUUUUGAGCUGAGGCUUGAAAUGCAUUUUUUAGCCCUUUGGCAUUGCACAUGCCAUUUAAGAAAUAAAAGCAAAGAAACAGCUUGGGCAAUGGCAAGAAUAUGACAUCUUGCUGUGAUUUUCUUUAUUUCUUUUUAUCUUUGAAACUUGAAAAACACCCUUGACCUUGAGGAUUAUUCUUGUUUGAAAGGUGGUGCAUGCAGAUUGAGAAGUGGUGUUGGCAACAAGCUUUGGCUUUCUUUGAUUUCGUUAAAGUGGUGCUUCUUACUUAGGCUCUGAAGAAGCUCUGGGGAGACCCCAGCCUCGUCCUCUUAGAGAAGUCUCCUGCUCCCUUUGUUCCACUCUUUUACCUUCCUUUUCCUCUUCUCUCUUUCCCUGGCCUCCUUUUAUUUUAUUUUCUGUUCACUCAGCUUGCUUGCUGGCCUGCCUGCCUAUCUGCCUUUGUGAUGAUGAAUUCUCUGCAUGGCUACAAUGAUCGCACUGUUCGCUGGCAAGGUCAGGCUUAGCUCCUCGGCUGCAGAAGACCAAGAAUCUGCUUCCCAGGCCCAGUGAUGUCCUCACUGGGCUGGACUGCCCUCAAACUUACCUGAGGGCAUAGCAGAAGGCCUGCCCAACUGGCAUGAAAUCAGGAGGGCUUCUGGCAACUUCCACACCUGUCCACUCUUUGGAGUUGGUUUCUCUCAUUGCUUUUUCUAGAUCUGGUUUCAUUUCUCUCUACCUGGGGCCUCCCUUUUCUGAGGAUGUCCUAGGGUUGACCUACUUGGUUAUCCAUCAUUGAAGGGUUAGGGGAUAGACAUGGGGGAAGAAGAGAGGGAUGGGAAGAGAAUGGAGAGAAUUUGGCUAAAAUCUGGGAAAGGAGAGUGCUGCUCAUUGAUCACUUUUCCAGUCCAGCUUAACUCACUGGGGCUGAGGUGCUACUGCUGGCCUCUGGGGAUAAGCCUAAGGCUGUUGUUGCUGGGAACUUAGGCUUAGAUUAAUGCUGAAGAAGGUACCUAACAGUGUGAAACCUCCCUAAAAAGCUCCCACCUACUCAGUAGCUCCACUGCAGCCUCCUCUUUGGCUAAGCAAUGAUGUUCUUGGAUAGUUUUCCUUUUCCUGUCCAGAAUUCUGUAAAUGAGGCCAGCAAGAUGGGCAGCCAGGGGGACACUAUGACUUCUUAGCUGGCCCAUAGCAUAUCUGCAAGGCUGGUGGGACAGUGUUUUAGACCUGGCAUCAUGUGUAACAAAGAAGGAUGAAAGUUCCUUCCCCUUCAGGGUAGAGAGACGUCUCUAACUAAAAUGCAGUUUUGGAAAUUACAUUGGGGGAAGUUAAUUUUAUUUAUAUUUGCUGGGCAUAGGCCAAUCCAGGAUGGUAGCUGGGAUGCCUUCCUUCUUAAAGUCUGAUCAUGGCAGGGUUAUGCAGGGCACUCUUUCCUCUUUGGCCUUCUAAGCAGACUGAGGAGAAGGGAUUCUCUGGUUUUCUCUUUUCGCCCAUUUAUUAGGACUUGCCUUCUCCCUGGACAGGGAGAGAGGCUAGGUUGGUGCUCUCCCCUUACUCUACUCCUACUGACUUAGAACCUCUGGCUGCUGUUUGGGAGCCCAAGAAAGGUAGUGGAGGUUAUGGGCUCAAAACAAAACAAAGCAAAAAAACAAUAAGGUGGGGAAGGCAGAUUUCCUUCUUUAAAAAGGAAAAUAGGAAACCCUCCAAGGAUUGUGCAAGUAAAGACAAUAUGUCGAAUGCACUGACCCCCCUGGUGUAGUAGCAAUAAGGAAAAAUGAAAUGACUUUUCCUGUGCACACAGUCCAACCUGAUUGGUGUGUGAUGUUGCACUUAGCAGCCAUCUGGUGGGCAUGUGUGUCUACUCUGGGUUUCACUUUAGUUUCUAAACUUUUUAUCCCUCUCAAGUCCAGCAUGGAUGGGGAAAUGUCCCUGGAGCCCCACAGCUGUGUACUUGUUUGCAUUUGUUUCCCUUUGAGACUUGUGUUUGUGUCCUGCUUUGAGCUGUACCUUGUCCAGUCCAUUGUAAAAUUAUCCCAGCAGCUGUAAUGUACAGUUUCUUCUGAAGCAAGCAACAGCAGCAGCACAAUUCUGUGUUUUAUAAAGACAACAGUGGCUUCUAUUUCUAAAGUGCGGUCUCUCUCUUUUUUUUUUCCUUAGCAAAGCAAACUGUUGGGAUUAAUUAUAAUCUCUGAUAGAUUUUACGUUAGAAUAACAGAUUGUUAGAAGAGCAGAACCAUCACUUUCUAAAGGAGUAAAGUGGGUAAAACAAAUUCCAGAGUGUUGAAACUGCAGAUUGUAUGUAAUCACUUCACAGGGCCUCCAUUUAUUCUUCAUUCAACAAACAUGCAAAGCACUGUGUCUAGAAGUAUUAUGAGGGGAGUAAGCAGGCACAAUUCAAAAAUGAGGAAAACAGUGUUUCUCUCCUUAAGGAGUUUAAAAAGUUUGGUGGUGGAUAUGAGUAGCCAAAUGGUUCUCUGGUACCAUUUAGAGAGAUUAUGAGGACUGGAACAAGGCUAUAGGGCUAUAUCAAUGAAGAUAGAAAGGAAAGAGCAAAUUGGAGAGACACCCAGGAGAUAGCAUUAAUAGGACUCGAUGAUGGAACGGGAAGAGAGGAGUAGAGGCUAAUAAUGUUCACACUUCUUGAGCAAGUGAGUAUAUUGGGACAUUCCUGUAGCCAAGACUGGGGGGAAAGGGAGACUAUAGAAGGAAGGUGCUAAAUUUUGUGAAGAAAGACAAUUAGCCUUGUUUAGACUGAGUUUUGAGGUUCCCAUGGGGUAACAAGGUUAAGGUUUCCAGUAAACAUUUAUGUUUUGGUGCUCAGGGAAGACUACAAAACUGUAGUUAUAGAUAUGGAAUUCAUAAUCGUAUAGAUGGUAGUUAAAGCCAUAGGAAUGAACAAGAUGGCUUAGAGAAAGAGUAGAGCAAGAGAAACCUAGUGUGCGACUGUCGGAAACGAGAUGAGAGGAAGUAGAACCUACGAUGACAGUCAGACCACUCGUAGAUACCUUGUAUGUUUUUGACUGCUUUAAUGAGAUGGGAGAACAGUCAAGAGAGUGGAAUAGGAUUUAAGAAAGACAAGAUUAACAACAUGAAAACUGCUGCAGUGAAGGGGGAGGGGUAUUUUUUUCUACUUAGUUUACUGUCUUCCACCCCAUCUUCUCUGGGAUCUCGUAAGUAUAUGGUCAUUCUCCAGUAUUUUUUGAAAAUGAGCAUUGGAAAACCUAACUUAAACCAGGCUAAGACUGGGACUUCCAGGUUGUUCACCACAACCACCAGCACCAUUUCCACCUCCAGCUUCCUCCUAUCCUCAGGAGAUGCUUGUAAAAGAAUAAAAUAAACAAACCUAAUUUUGUCCCUAACUAGUGUCAUAGAUGGUGUUCCAGUGCACUCAGUAGCACUUAGCAACUUGCUCUAUUUACUCUCAUGACUUGUUUUCCCCAGAGCCUGUGAACUUCUAGGAGCAGAAGCUACAUUCUAUUCAUUUUCGUCAUCUCAGGGCCAUAGCAUGUAUCGGGGUGGGGGGGUGUCAAUAUUUGUGAGGAGAAAUGAGCUAGAAUUCUGUGGUUCUUGAGUACAGAGGGGAGAAUCAAGAAGUGAUACUGAGUCUACAGGAUGGGCUCAGUAUUCCUGAAUCUUCAGGUAAGCAGAAACAACCAGAUUAUCAUCACCUUUUCUUGCUCUCACCCCAGCUUCAAGGUUCUAUGAUUUUGUGCCUUAAACUGUUGGUGCAGUUGUCAAGCAUGUAAGUUCAGCAUUCCUUCCUGGUACUCCUAGAGUAUUGCUAUUUCUAUGUAUUGGGGGAAGAUGGCACAGAGAAGGAUUCUGGCACAGGGCCCUGUGAGAAAUUUCAGUGGCAGUUAGUAUGUACAAAAGUGGGCCUGGCAUUCCUCUGGAGGCCAAGUGUUCAAAUUGCUAACCUGUGGCUACCCCUGCCAGAUUUCCCUGGAAGCAUGCCAGCCAGACCCAUGCUCCUUUUCACCAGCAAGGAGUAGUGAGGUUGGUUGGACUUGAAGAGCAAACUGGAACAUGGAGGAGAUUUUUCCCAGUUGAAACAAGACUUAAAUUUUUGACCGUUAAUGAAGCAGAAAGUGUUUAGCAGAGCAAAUGGGAAGAUGAUCAUUAUACCACAUUUUGGCUAUAAAUUUCAUUGCCAUAAAUGAAUGAUGUUAAAAAGAUUUCAGCAUUUGGCUGUUGGUUGCUACUCAAGAGAAAAACAUGGUGGGAGCCCAAGGCCUGAUUAUCUGGUCCUAGAGCUCAAGGUUUGAUUUAAAGCUUGUGCUAGCACCCCUGGAUAUCCCUUCUCAGGACUGGUUGAGCAGCUUUCCCUCUGCCCUGUCAGUUGGCACCAUAUACUGUAGCACAUUCUUGUCAAGUGCCUUUAGGGUGGAAUGAGGCUCUGUAUUUGUUGGGUAUCACUUGGCUUAAUAGACCCAGAAUCACAUGGCAGUUAGGGUUUGGCGGCUAAAGGAAAGGGUUAUAGUGCAAAAAGAAGAAUAUUUUCAAGUUCUGAGCCUGGGCCAUCCUCAGACUACUGUCUGUACUGCUUGAAUGUAAAGAAGCAUCGGAUUGGAAAAUUAGCUCUCUGUUUUUCUUCCUAGUUUUCAAGAUAUUUAUUCCUUUGGCUGUAAGCUAAGGAAACCUGGCAGGCUGAGAAAGUGCACAGAGCGUGACAGAAACACUCUUUUAAAGCAGCAGUGUUGAGGAGCUGGGAAAGUGGACUUGCUGGAGGUGAGGUGCAUUUAGAAGCUCUCCAUUUAAGUACCACAACUACCUUCCCAGGAUACCAUAUCAAGAUUUGUUUAGGCCACUGUGGCUUACCCUGCAGGAACACACUGUCCUCUUAUUCUAGACUGCAGCAGCUUCACCACUGUCCUCUUGGCAGUGUCUUUUUGGGACAGAGAAAUUUUGAGGAACUUUUCUAGGGACCUUCCCCACCUUCUGCAGGCAAGGAACCUUCCUUGUAAAAGAGGCAGUGGGAGCUCCUAGCCAGGAUUUUGGGUAGUUAAUGGAAGUGAGCUGGGAAAGGAAUAGGGACUUUGGGUACUUUGAAGUACUUGGCUAGGUGUUUUGUACAGUAUCUAUUAUAAUUUGGUUGCGUGUCACAGCAUUCGUGUGAAGUAGUUUAUCAGUUACCUUCAAUUGCAAUAACAAAACCCAAGUAAAUUGGCUUAAAUAAGGAAAUUAUCACAUGACAAGAAGUCCUGAUUUCAUAUGGCUCCAAGGUUGGAUGAUUCACUGGCUCAAUGAUAAUAUCAACAUAACAGAUUCUUGCAAUCUUUUUGCUCUGCUAUCCUUUGUGUUGUUUUAUCCUCAUGCUAGUUCACCUCAGGAUCCCAAGAUGGCUGCUAUAAUUCCAGGAAGGAAAUGCUGACAGAACAAAGUCUAGCAGAAGAGGGACUAAUUUUUCCCAAUGUUUCAUUUUAAAGAAAGGGAAUCCCUGGAAGCCCCAGCAGAUCUGGCCUAACGUCUCAUUUGCUAGAAAUGGGUCAUCUUCCCACUAUUCUGUCAUUGGCAAAGCAAAUGAGAUCAUCCAUCAUGAGUGGCUUAGAUUAAUUACAAGUUAUCCUAUGAGUCAUGUGGAUUAGAAAGACAAGUCAUGUUUGCUAGGCAAGAAGGGAUAAAAGGCUCUUGGGUAGUCAUCAAGCAGUGUCUGCUCUACCUAGCUACUCUGGUUUUUACAGAUGAGGAAUGUGAUGUUCAGAGAGAGUGACUUUCCUAGAAUCACAGAUAGUAGCAGAGGGCCUUCGGUGUCAGCUCUGACUGUCCCUAAAGCCAGUAUGUUUUAUAUUGUGUUCUGCUGCAGUACAAAGUAGCUUACUUUCUGCUGUGUAAAAAUUGCUUGUCUCGGAGAAGAGAUUUCAAAGUGUCAAGUCAGCUAACUUCAGCCCAUGCAAGAGGAAAGGGUUCUGUCCAGUUGCUUUCCUCAUCCAGUGAUGUUUUUCUAGCACCCGAAGCUUGGAAUGCAACUUUCAGAGGGCACUGAUUUCUUUGCCCCCAAGAUUUCUGUACUAUUUUACAGUUCUCCCUUCUGAGAGCAACCAGUACCACAAGGGAUGAGGGCAGAGUUGCCAUUCUUGAAGCCCACUUAUUUAUUGGUCCAUCCACCUGCCCCACAAAUAUUUAUGGGAUGCUGCCAUGUACGAGGCACAGGCACUGUUCUAGGCACUGGGGCUAUGACAGUUAAGAUACACAAAGACCCUGCACUAUACCCUUAAGAGCAGACUCAUUUGGGAAUGAGGUUAUCCAAAACUAGGAUGUGCAUGUUGUCAGGGGAGAGCCUCAUACAACUUGGCUUUGGGCAGAAUCAUUCAAACUUUUUUGCCUUCCUACUUCCUGAUAUUACAAUUCAUGAGCCUUUCAUAAUGGGCUCACAGGUGGGGUCCGUGGAUAGCAGAGGUAGAUGGGAAGGCAUCAUUGACAUUUAUUAAAUUGGGCUGAAUUAGAAGGUACCAACCCUGUUAAAUCCAUGUCAACAAAGCCAAGAAGCUUGCAGUCAUUUAGGGAACCAGUUGAGGAAGUUGAGGGGUGAAAGACUCUAGCAAAAGAGUUGGUAUUUACCCCUGUUGAAUGCUGCUAAGGACUUGGAUUGUGUAGAGUCAAAGACUGAAAAUAACUUUUAAGAUACAGUGUUUCAUCUAGUGACAUUUGAUAUUUUGAAAUUGAGGAGGGCAUUUUCAGGAUUAGGGGUAAGGAUGGGAAAGAAGAAGUGAGGCAGAAUUGGAGUCUGAUAUGGGUUUGAAUCCCAUCCAUUUAUUGUUUAUGGUAGGUGCAUCUAAUAAGUGCUUUAAAAUGAUAACAAUAGUAAAUGCCCUCACUAACAUUUAGGGAGGAUUUUCUCGGUGCUUUAUGUACAUUCCCUAACUUCACAACAACUGUGAGGAAACUGAAGCCCAGAGG